AUGCAACAAAGGAUUGAGUUUACUUUAACUCAAGAAAUUGUUCAAAAUGGUGAUAAUAAAAUGAUGAAGGACUCUCUUUUGCCAGGCCCGUCUUCUGCUCCAAACUCUAAGGUUUGGAAGGCAAUUUGGAAAGCUCCGGUAAAUCCGCGAAUUCGUAACUUCCUGUGGAGAUUGGCAAAGAACAUCCUACCCACCAAGGACAAUUUGAGUAGGAGAGGAACGAUCUUGGAUACCAUGUGCCCGUUUUGUGCUGCAGCCCCUGAAACGGCCCAACACUUAUUCUGUCAGUGCACCUUUGCCCAACAAACUUUCUUCUCAUCUAUCCUUAGUUUCAGAACUGAAUCCAGGCUUGAUGUUAGAGACUGGUUAUUUAGUAUGUUGUCCUGUGGUGAUGUCUUCAGCACUCAAUUGUUGGCAACCUUGUUGUAUCGUAUUUGGCUGGCGCGAAAUCUCUUGAUUUUUAAAAAUCAAUUGGCUGAUCCGGUGACAGUGGCCCAAGAGGCACUUAACUGUGUUUCAGAUGAUAAUAAGUCCUUGCUUGUUUCGCCUUCCAAUAAUCUUUCUAUGCAGGAGGAGUAUAGCCCAAAAAAUGUCCACAUUCUCAAUGUUGAUGCGGGAGUUUUCUCUCCGAACUCAAUUGCUUUUGGUUGCGUUCUCAAAGCCCCAGAUGGUGGUGUUAUUCUAUCGGCAUGCAGGAAGGAGGCUUUGAAUACAGACCCGUUGACGGUAGAAAUGUUGGCUAUUCGCUGGAGUAUCCGUUUGGCUUUGGACCUAAAGAUUGAAAGAUUGGUGGUGCAGUCGGAUUGCCUCAAUGUUGUAGAUUGUGUUAACUCUGUUGCGGUGUUUGCUACAAUCGAACCGGUCGCUGAAGAUGUUAGAUGUUUAUUGAGUCAUUUUCUUUUUGCUUCUCUUAUGUAUGUGGGGCGUAAGUUUAAUACUGAAGCCCAUAGUUUGGUUGGUGCUGGAAAUAUCCUAGGCUCAAAAACGUGGAUUGGGGCUAUCCCAUCCCAAAACUCUAUUGUAACUGCUGUUGCUUCUGCUUAA